GCGCGCGGCGCACGGGGCGGCGCCGUUCCCUUGUUCGCCAUACUUGCACUGGCGCGACGAACGCACUAAACGCUACUGUAAAGGCACCUGAAACCACUACUGCAUUAAAUAUAAAGACAUGGCUGAGGAUGAUGUGACUCCGGAGCAGCUAGCAGCUAUUGCUGCAGAAAAUGAAGAGCCAGAGCCGGUGAACUACAAGCCGCCAGCCCAAAAGUCGGUAAAAGAGAUCCAUGAGAUGGAUAAGGAUGAUGAGAGCCUACGCAAAUAUAAGGAAACCCUGCUUGGCAAUGGGGCCUCUGAGGCUGAUCCCGGUGUUAAUAAUGUCCAAGUGAUCCGAAUGUCUCUGAUCUGUGAAACCGCCCCAAACCCACUGGUCCUGGACCUGCAAGGAGACCUGGAGGCCUUUAAGAAGCAGUCGUUUGUUCUGAAGGAGGGCGUUGAAUACAAAAUAAAGAUCAGCUUUAAGGUGAACAGGGAGAUUGUUUCGGGUCUGAAGUAUGUGCAGCAGACAUUCAGGAAAGGAAUUAAGAUUGAUAAAUCGGAUUACAUGGUGGGGAGCUACGGGCCUCGUCCCACUGAAUAUGAUUUCCUGACCACGAUUGAGGAGGCUCCUAAAGGCAUGAUGGCCCGCGGCACCUACGUCAUCAAAUCCAGGUUUACUGACGAUGACAAGCACGACCACCUGUGCUGGGAGUGGAACCUCAACAUCAAGAAAGACUGGAAAGACUAAAAGAGGCCUUUUGUGUUCGGGGGCAAAGGGACCAAAAUCCUCCAGCCCUGUUGGUUCCUCAGCCGCACCCCCCCCAUCUCCACCCUGUGUCCACCAUUUCUGCCUUCUUUGUUUUGACUUUGUUGUGCAUUUCAUGCCUUAGUUAAUGCCUUGCUGUCUUAACACCCUGUCAUUCUUCCCACCUCUCUGUCAGCAUCCGUAGCAGCCCCCCCUCCCCCCCCACAUUCACCUCAUUCAUCCGUCCAUACAGCACCUCCCUAUCUGCCCAACAAUUCAUUGAUUGCACACGACUUCUGUUCACCAACCUGCCAUCCUCACUCCAAACCCCCCACUUAUCUGUGCCAUAUAGCACCUUUCUUCCUCACACCUAGCCCUGUUUUUCUUUUGUCCCGGAUUUUUGCUGCUUGAAGAGAUUAAGCCCGCCUUCCACCUCUCCAGAAUGGUGUCUUCCUCUCUCAGUAUGAAGUACAUGUGGAAAAGCAACUGUACAAUCAACUUUUGUUUGCCUUUUUUAUAUAAUUGUAUCAAUGGUUGUAUCAAUGGUUAUGUAAUGUGACUGUAUUCACAUCACUGUUAAUCAUAGCAGGCCCCACCCUCCCUCCCCCCCCACAGCUUUCCUUUGCUUGCUGUCUUUUGAUAUAAUUACCAAUACCUGCCUUGUAAAAACAAUUCAUUCAGAUGCUCUACUGAGCCUCUCUCCCUUCCCCAGGGUCCAAAAUUAACUAAUGGUGCUAAUUUUGAACCCUUCCUUCCCUACAUGUAUUCACCCACUCCCUUUCAAAUGGGGACUUGGGCCAAAGUGAACAAUGGAAUAACAAGUAUAAGGGUAACAAAAAAAAAGCUGCCUUAUGUGUAGACUAAUGUCUAAACCUAUUGUCUAUUUAGCAUACCUGUUGAGCACAAGCAGUGCUUGCCGUCUGUAGUGCUUACUCUCACUACCAACCGAUAACCAAUAUGUAGCCCUGUUGUAGCAGAGACUGUUUAUACAGUUAGCAGGCUCUGCAAAAUAAACUUGUAAUUGGAGCAGACUGAAUGUUAAGAACUGGAGAAAAGAUACCAAACCCAGUGAAAAAUCAGUAUCAAUGAUUCUAGACAUCAAUGUUCCUUUUAGCCACGAGGCCUUAGCACCAACUAUGAUCAUGCAGAGAAAAACAAAUGUUUCUAAUUGAGCCUUUUUAUUUGUUGUUCCCCUUUGCCUUAAUGUACAUCAUUCCCCCUUCAAAGCCCACCCCCCCUCGCUCGUUCAGAUUGCUUUAUAACUCGUAGCGUGCAGUCAGGAAAUCCCAGGUGUGGAGGAGAGAGUACCAGAGAAAGCACAGGAGGAGGCUGAGCCAGGCACCGUCUGCUGCUGCGGGAGACCUCGAUGGUGUCUGGUCCCACAGACAGACGCUGGUAGUAAAGAGAGAAAACUGACCAACAGUGACCCUGUCAGAAAGAAGAAAGCAGUGAAAGGAAGGGUCAGGCGACACUACCAAAAGAUAAACACAUGCUUGAUAUUUAAUGAGAGAGGAGGAUUUGAUUUUGAAACACAACUGACCAGAAACAUUUAAUUGAAAUCAACUCGUACUGUAACAGAACAUAUGGAUGUAAAACUUUUUGUUUCUUCUGAUAAUGUUAACUAUGUAUUCCUGCUCCAUACAUUCCUUCACAUUGUACAGUUUCUAUGAAAACGCUGGCAUCCUGGUGGGGUUGUAUAUUCUUUCAUCAUUUGUGAUUGCUCUUAUCGGCCAAUAAAGAUUUUGCUCAACUUGGCCUCCAA